AUGGAUAAUCGACGAGCUGCACAGCUUGAAGCAUGGUUGGCUGAAGUUGUUGACAACAACGAAACUUAUGAAGCUGAGUCAAACUCCGACGAAGAAAUUGAUCAUUUAGAAAAACAGGACCAUCAGUCGGAAUCCGAGCAGGAGCAGGAACUUCCAGGCGAGGUGUCAGACGAAAGCUUUCAUGAAGAUGAGCCACCUCAGCGAUGCCGGGGCACAGAUUUUUACUCCGGUUUGGACAAUACAUUGUAG